GUUCAGUCACAAUAAUUCUGCUCUGCUCACCUACAAAAUGAGAACCAUGCAUGUUAUUCUGCAGCUUAUAGCCAUACUAUACAAUGCAGAGACAGUUGCCUCAAUUUGGCAGGAAAGCGGAAGCUCUUCAGAAAAAGCUUUCCACAGGGGAACAAGGGAAUUGAAUGCUCCAUCUCCAAUAGAUUGCAAACUGAGCAGCUGGAGCGCGUGGGGGCCCUGCGACCCAUGCACCAAUCAAAGGUUUCGCUCCAGACGUAUAGAAAGAUUUGGGCAGUUUGGUGGAAAAGCAUGCCUGGAUGCCCUAGGAGACACACAGACCUGUAAAACCAGCAAAGCCUGUCCUGAAGAACCAGAACCAGACUGUGGUGCUGAUUUUCAGUGCAGUUCAGGUCGAUGUAUAAAGCGAAGACUUGUGUGCAAUGUAGAUAAUGACUGUGGUGACUAUUCUGAUGAAGAUGACUGUGAAUCUGACCCACGGUCACCAUGUCGAAACCAUGAUGUUGAUGUGUCCGAAGUUGGCAGGACUGCAGGACAUGGGAUCAAUGUUUUAGGGAUGCAGCCAAUGGCCAGCCCAUUUGACAAUGACUUUUUCAAUGGUCUUUGUGAGCGGGUGCGUGAUGGGAACACACGGACAUACUACCGCAAGCCGUGGAAUGUGGCUGCUCUCACUUACAGUACAAAAGCAGACAAAACUUUCUCAUCUGUGUACUACCAUGAUCGUGUGAAAAUGUUACGAGAGGUUUACAUAGACAAACAGAAAUAUUUUAGUGUUGAUGCCUCUCUGAAAUACACACCUACUGAUGGGAGCAACAAAAAUUAUUCAGGAGGAAACUUCAAAUAUGACUACAGAAAGAACUAUACUUUUAGUUCCAUCCUGCAAAGCUACACAGAAAGGAACCAAACCUUUCUGCAUGUAAAAGGACAGAUUCAGCUGGGAAGGUUCCAAAUUCGGAGUCGUGAUGUUCGUCUCACGGAUAGUUUCCUUGAUGAUUUAAAAUUUCUGCCUGCUGAAUAUGACAAGGGGGAGUAUUUCAAAUUCCUAGAAGAUUAUGGAACUCACUAUGCAGUCUCUGGAACUGUAGGAGGAAAAUAUGAACUUGUUUACGUGCUGGAUAAUUAUGUUAUGUCUCGACUAGGAAUCACUGAAGAAGAUGUGAAAAAAUGCCUUGGCUAUCACUUAGAUGCCAAUAUUGCAUAUGAAAGCAUACAAGCCAAUUUUAAUGUUGAUCGUGAUAAAUGUGAACAUAUUCAUGCGAAGGACAAAUCGGAAAUGAAUGAUAAUGCUGUUAUUGAUGAUGUCCUUUCCUUAGUUGAGGGAGGGAAGAUCGAUUUUUCAGUUAAAAUCAAAGAAAUGUUACUACGAGGAGCCAAAGCAGUUGAUGUAGAGGAUUACAUAGAGUGGGCUAAAUCUUUGGUUGAUGCUCCAUUAGUGAUACAGCAACGGCCUUCUCCAAUACAUACACUUGUUCCAGUUAAGAUAAGAGAUGCAUAUUUAAAGAAACAAAAUUUGGAAAGGGCAAUUGAAGACUACAUUACUGAAUACAGUGUGUGCAAAUGUGAACCCUGUAAAAAUGGAGGCACCCUUGUGCUGGUAGAUGGAGUCUGUACAUGCCUGUGCUCAAGUUAUUUUAAGGGAAUUGCUUGUCAAAUUCCCAAAUCUACAUUAGUGAGAGUUGUGAAUGAUGGAGGCUGGAGCUGCUGGAGUGCCUGGUCCACCUGCAUCAAUGGAGAGAGCACUCGAAUUCGCCAGUGUAAUAAUCCUGCACCAGGACCUGAUAGCAGACCGUGCCAGGGAGAAAGCAUUGAAAAACGGCCCUGUGAAAAAGAGAAAUAGUUAUGAUCCUCAAAACCAGAAUCACACAGAGUCUCAGAAUGGAUCAGGUUGGAAGGGACAACAGUGGGUCAUCUGGUCCAAUCUCCCUGCUCGAGCAGGGUCAUCCCAGAGCACGCGGCACACAGUUCUGUCCAGAUGGUUCUUCGCUAAAAUUCUUUUACAUUAUUGUCAUAUUUGGGACACAAUAAAAUCAUGACCAUAAUAAGUUA